AUAAUAAAUAUAAGAUUUCUAUUAAAGAAGAUAUUGCAGUUUCUACAGGUAUGCAAAAUCAACGCUCAAUAGUUGUACAAGAAAGCACUUUGGCUGCUGCUGAUCACGAUUUCUCAAAACUAUCUCUAACACUGUCAGUAGUUUUUUUAAUUUCUAUUCCUAAUGAUAUUUCUAGAUCAUUUUAUAAUGGUCAGGUGGGUUCAGAUCAUCAUUGUAAUUAUGGUUCAGUACAAAUUGCAUUGAUAAGUCUUUUUCUUUGUAGAGAUUUUGAUCUGCUUGUUGCAGUUUGUGUAGUGCUCAAGCAUAAUUCAAUGAGUCCAGAAUCUGAAAAUUUAUUUGAAAUGGUAAAUACACUAGGUGACAUUCAUAAAAAAGCUGAAGGAUCUAAUAAAUUAGAAUCAGAAUUAAAAGAAUGCAUCAUGU